UUAUCUUAUCAGUGUUAUAAAAAUGUUUGUGAGAAACGUAGUAUGUUUUCUACUUGUAGCUUUGGCUGUGGGGAGCGCUACACCUAAUAUCUUCUCCGUAGUAAAAGAAAUUAAUGAUUUAGCCGAUUUUGAGAGUAGAGUGUCUAACAAUAUAGAUGAAGAUGCUGAUUUGGAUGUCCCAGAACUGAUCACAAAGUACAAGUACCCGCUAGAAAUCCACGAGGUGACAACAGAUGAUGGCUACAUACUGCAGCUGCACCGCAUCCCUCACGGCCGGGACCGCCACACCGCGCCGCGGCCCGACCGACCGCUGGCGCUGGUGGUCCAUGGACUCACGCUAUCUUCAUCCGUCUUUAUUGAUACUGGCCCGGGGAAUGGGUUAGGCUACAUCCUCGCCGAGAAUGGGUUCGACGUGUGGCUGGCCAACACCCGCGGGAACAUGUACUCGCGCCGCCACCGCCGGCUCAACCCUGACAGCCUCCUCAGCAACGACUACUGGGACUUCAGCUGGGAGGAAGUGGGCACCUUCGAUCUUCCCGCAACCAUCGACUACAUCCUCAAGACCACCAAACGCUCGCGGCUGCAUUACAUAGGCUACUCUCAGGGUACGACGGCGUUCUUCGUCAUGGGAGCUAUGAGGCCUGAAUACAAUGACAAGAUCAUCUCGUCGCACCACUUGGCUCCUACUGUCAUUAUGGAGCACGCGGAUAAUUUGCUUCUGAAGGCUUUGGCACCCCUUACAGGCUCUGUUAGCACCAUUACUUCUUUGUUGGGCAUCGGUGAGUUCAUACCAAACACUGAGAUCUUGCGGAUGGCGGGCCAGGCGGCGUGCAACGACGACGCCUUUACGCAGCCACUCUGCUCCAACAUAUUCUUCCUCAUCGGAGGAUGGAACGCGGACCAACUGAAUACGACCACACUGCCAAUCAUAGUGAGCCACACGCCCGCCGGAGCAUCCGUGAAGCAGGUGCUGCACUACGGGCAAGAAAUCGGGAAGCCAAAUUUCCGGCGCUACGACCACGGUUUCAUCACCAACCUCCUCAAAUAUGGGAGUAGGACACCUCCGAACUACGACCUACGGAAAGUGACCAGUCGAGUGUAUUUGUAUUAUGGAGCUAAUGAUCCGCUGGUCAGCGUAACGGAUGUGUUUGCGUUGAACGAUCAGCUGCCGAAUGUUGGUGGAAUGUUUCGAGUGCCAAUGGAUGAAUUCACCCAUAUUGACUUCGCGUUUGCGAUCGACGCUCCCACGCUGGUCUAUGAACCCAUGAUCAAUAGGAUAUUGGAGGAAGAUGCUGUAUAAAUAGUAGAUACAUCGGUACUUAUAAAU